AACAAAAGUACAAAACUUAAUUCAUUAUUUUUGUGUGUGUUUAAUUUAUAGGUAGUGUAAUUAAUUUAUUUUUUCAUAUUUCUAUACCUAACUUGUUACAAUGCCUCGCAAACCUUGCUACUGGACGCGAAAACUGGAAUUAGAUUUAGUUAACUUUGUUCACCAAAGAGAUUACAUAUGGCGGCCUGCGGGGAAUACUAAUCAUCACAUUCAACAAAAAUAUAAAGCUUACGCUGAAUUUGCAGCAAUAUUAGGACGCGGAUUUACAGCUCGUUCUGUCAGAGAUCGUUGGGUGAACAUUAGGAGUACCUUCAACCAUAACCAUAGAAGAGUCGAAAGGUCCAAGCUUAAAGCAAAAACUGCUUCAGACAUAUAUGUCCCAUGCUGGCCCCUAUGGAAGCCAUUACAGUUUCUGAAAGAAGUUUGCAAAAAAGAAGAUAGUAAUUAUGAGUUUUAUGAAUCAGCAUCCAGUGACAUGAAACAGUUAACCGAUAAUGUAAAUGUAAAGGAAGAACAACAAUCUGAAUUUGAAAAUGAUUUAUUUCUCAAUAUCCGUCAGAGGAGCCAACGAACAGACAGACCUCGUCACAAAUCUAGAAUACUUCACAAAUCAAACAGAAAAACGAAAUGCAAACAAGUAAUUGAUGACCUCCUCGUAGCUAUGAAGCCUUUAGCGUCUGAUCCAUUGCUAGAACAAAACUAUUGGUUCUUUGGAAAACAUGUGGCAGAGCAACUAAAUUGUAUGAGAAGACUUGAUGCUGAGAGUGCUGCUAAUGAAAUAGUAAAUCUAUUAAAUGAAUGGUAACAAGAGAGUUGACACAAAAGGAAUCAUAUGAGCCCUAGCCCUUAGUUGCAUGAUUUUUUUGAUUGAUGAAAAAAAAAUCAUGUGCAUGUAAUUGGACCUCUAGGUAAUGGGAAAAAUAAUAAAAAAAAUCUUUGACAUUUUUAAGUAUUAUUUUUUUAUUAAAAACGCUUUGAUCUAAAUUUCCAUCAUCAUGCAGAAUGAACUUAUGAGCUUAGUACAAAUUAAAGUAAAUAUGCAAAGUAAUUAAUAAUUUCAAUUUUCAUGAAAAUUAACAAAACAAUUGUUGUUUUUAUUAAGACAUAAGUUAACCCUACAUUUGUUGCAGCUGAUUGUAGAGUAUCCUUUACACUUUGGGUAUUUGCAUCGCAGUGAAACGCCAACUUGUGGCCAAUGGUCACUACCAUCUCUUCUAAUGUCUUUUGGUGGAGGAACAACUGCAGGCCCUCUCUUCUUUUUUGCUUGGAUUUCAAUUUCCAAAGAGCUGGAACUUGGACGUCCUCUUUUGACCUCUGUGUUGGAUCCUAAUGAGCACAAAACUUGAGCCAA